AGCAGCUGGGCCAAGGGGAGGGGUGAACCCCGGGGCUGUCCCCACAGGUGAAUUGCGGAACGAGAGAACAAGGCUGCCUAGCUGGUGGUGGACGGCUUGGGUUGUGCGUUCCCGUUCCUGUAAAAUGACAAGAUGAAGCUUAUCAUCCUGGACCACUAUUCUCAGGCCAGCGAGUGGGCCGCCAAAUACAUCAGGAACCGCAUUAUCCAGUUUAACCCAGGACCAGACAAGUACUUCACCCUGGGGCUCCCCACUGGGAGCACCCCACUUGGCUGCUACAAGAAGCUAAUUGAGUACUAUAAGAAUGGAGACCUGUCCUUCAAAUAUGUGAAGACCUUCAACAUGGACGAGUACGUGGGUCUUCCUCGGGACCACCCAGAGAGUUACCACUCCUUUAUGUGGAACAACUUCUUCAAGCACACGGACAUCCACCCAGAAAACACCCAUAUUCUGGAUGGGAAUGCAGCUGACCUGCAGGCUGAGUGCGAUGCCUUUGAAGAGAAGAUCAAGGCUGCAGGCGGGAUCGAGCUGUUUGUGGGAGGCAUCGGCCCCGACGGACACAUUGCCUUCAAUGAGCCGGGCUCCAGUCUGGUGUCCAGGACCCGUGUGAAAACGCUGGCCAUGGACACCAUCCUGGCCAACGCUCGGUUCUUCGAUGGAGAUCUCGCCAAGGUGCCCACCAUGGCCCUGACGGUGGGCGUGGGCACUGUCAUGGAUGCCAGGGAGGUGAUGAUCCUCAUCACGGGCGCUCACAAGGCGUUCGCUCUGUACAAAGCCAUCGAGGAGGGAGUGAACCAUAUGUGGACCGUGUCCGCCUUCCAGCAGCACCCCCGCACCGUGUUUGUGUGCGACGAGGACGCCACCCUGGAGCUGAAGGUGAAGACCGUCAAGUAUUUCAAAGGUUUAAUGCUUGUUCAUAACAAGUUGGUGGACCCCUUGUACAGCAUCAAAGAGAAGGAAACAGAGAAAAGCCAGUCUUCUAAGAAACCGUACAGCGAUUAGCCUGCGCUGAGCCCGCCGUUGGGGACCUCAUGGGGACGAACACGGGGGACAGACUUGUGCUUCUUCAGUCCAGCGCAAUUGCUCCAGAUAAGUGACUGAACUCACUGUUCCCGGCGGUACAGCGUGAGGCCUGGUCGUGGAGUUUAGCUACGGGAAAAAUGACUUCUUCAUAACAAUCAGGGAAAAAAUCACUCCAUAAUUUUGAUACCUGCUCCACAGAAAUUGGGGGUUUUUAGCUUUUUGUUCUGCCUGUGAUGCUUCACACGUACAACACACUCCUGUGGGGAACUCCUGCCAUCACGCACAGAUUCUCAGUUCGGGGGGAUGGGGGCAUGUUGUACUGGACAAAGCCUCUCUGGGGGGCUUGAGGGCCCCUCUUGAGCAGGCCCCCGCCACUGGAGAGUCAGUGUUCCAGGUGAGCGAACAAAUCCUCAAUGUCUACAGUCAGCAUGGGGGGCAGUCCCCUGGUCAGCAACAAGUGCCAGGAAAGCAACAAGUGCCAGGAAAGGAACACGGCCGCGCACUUUCUUUCCUCAGUGUUCUUCCCCUCUUAGUUGGCCUUUCCAUGAACUCUGAGGACUCCUUGGUGGAGGAUUUGGGAGGAUAGGGCUAAGGAGAAGGCUUUGCUGAUAAACUCAGAGCCUCAAGGGGCCCAGAGACGUCAAACCCUCUCCCUCAGGGACCCUCCAGUGCCGGGAGGAAGGCGGAAGCCCUUUUCCCACUGGAGCCCUGUGUUCCUGUCCCCAGGUCUCAGAGUGGCUCCCCAUCUUACAGACUGAUCAGUGAGGACCACGGGGGCCAUGGACACUGGCACGCUUUCAGUAUGGUGCUCAGCCAGGGGGCAGGGCCUGGGGCAAGCAGCACAAUUACGAGUUUAGUUCCAACGUGAGUGCCAUGUUCUCCUGCCCCCCUUAGGGCUGAGUGCCAAUACCACACACGUUCCUGAAGUCGCCUUUCCCGCCUCACGCACCCUGCCCUGCUGGCCCCCUUUCAUACGUGAUUGUGCUAUUGUACUAUUUCAAGCUAAUAGAUCAGUGUUUACAAUGUGACGUUUUCUAUUAAAUCCAGUAUUUUCAAAUGUG